CAGUAAUAAAAACGGUGUAGGAUUAAAAAUACACUCGACCGCAUUUCCUGAAAACCCCUCCUUCAUUAAACACGCCAUUCGAAUUCCAAACGCCAACUCACCUCACCGCGAUCGCCGGGAGAUUACACAGCCAUGUCAUCCUUCGGCAGCUCCGGUCAGCCGUUCGAAGACGACGGAGUCUUCCUCGGCUACGAUCCCCGACUCCAGUCACAGCGCUUUGACUCGUUCUCCAACUUCGACGCCGACUCGGUCAAGGACUCGGCCGGUGACGAUGCGUUCUCGUCUCAGGCGGUGCCGGAGACUCCUUCCCCGCCGCCGAUCUACUCUGCAGGUGCGGGAUUCGCCCCGUACUCACCAGAGCAGAACGGGGAGGGCGCUGGUGGAGGCUUCGUUGCUUCCGAUGGCCCGAUCUUGCCACCGCCGGCGGAUUUCGCGCCGGAAGAGGGGUUUGCCUUGAGGGAGUGGCGAAGGGAGAACGCGAUUCGAUUGGAGGAGAAGGAGAAGAAGGAGAAUGAGACGCGGUUGCAGAUCUUAGAGGAAGCUGAUGAGUACAAAAUUGGGUUUUACAGGAAGCGUGAGGUUAAUGUUGAGAACACCAAAGCUUCUAACAGGGAAAGAGAGAAGCUAUUUUUGGCAAGCGGGGAGAAGUUCCAUGCCGAAGCUGACAAAAACUACUGGAAGGCAAUUGGUGAACUGAUACCUCAUGAAGUGCCUGCUAUACAGAAAAGAGGGAAAAAGGACAAAGAGAAAAAGCCUUCCAUCAUUGUAAUACAGGGGCCAAAGCCAGGGAAACCUACUGACCUUUCAAGAAUGCGCCAGAUAUUACUGAAGCUCAAGCAUAACCCCCCUCCACAUAUGAAGCCCAAGCCUCCUCCAUCUUCAGAAACCAAAAAGGAUGCUAAAACUGGACCUCCUGAUGUAGCUGGUUCAAGUACUACACCUCCCAAGGCUGUGGCUGUGGCUACUUCAGAGGCGGUUGCUGUGGCUUGAACUUGGUGCUGCCUAUUUGUUGAAUUCUACAUGUGAAAAUUAGGUUCUCAAGUUUGUGAUGGCUUUAAGUUUGUAAGCAUCUUAUUGUAGUUCUAAGUAGCAGUACUUUAUAUAGAAAAGGCCUGUAUUGGUUUUGGUUGCUUAGUGCAUUGGUAUAUUCUCCUCCUCAAAACUUAAUUUUGGCUACUAUGUCCUGUUUGUGGCCUAUCUAGAUUUCUACUGUACAUAUUUUUAUUAAUAGCCUUGUCCAAAGUUCUAUUUUGGAAUCAUAUUUUCAAACUAAUAGUGGUUUUAAUAGACGAAUA